UUAUGGAGGUUCAUGGUGGUACGAAUCUCCCUAUUAAAUUUCACUAAAAUGCUUAAUCUAUUAGAGGAAGUAUGGGUACAUAUUCAAUCAUAAUUAGUAUCUACUCCUACAAGAUUAUUAUUAAAUAGAAAAUCAAAUACCUUGAGGUUGGUUCAAAUUUAAAUUUAUAUAACUUUUCUUUCGAGACUGAAAGAUAUUUGUUGAUCAAUAUUUCUAAUUUACAAAAAGUUAAUAGUUUCUUGUCACUGAAACUCCAAUUGAAACAACUUUUUGCUAAAGUUGUAACCCUCAUCCUAGAUAAUAGAUCACUUCAUAAUAUGAGAAUCAAUAAUUAAUCUUAUAAUUUAUAAAUGAUGUUAACAAUUUAAUCUUAUUAUGCAAUAUAAUCUUAUAAUUCAACAAUUUAAUCCUAAAGUUGUAUUAUAUGAUGUUAACAAUUUAAUCUUAGUUAUAGUUUAUUAUGUAAAUUAUUUAGAAUCAAUGAUUAAUCUUAUUUUUCAUUUUAAUGUAAAAUUUGCAACACAAAGAAGCAUCAGUCGAAAUCAUGGGAGUUUUGAACAUUUUAAUCAAAUUGAAAGUGGUAAUCACAUUUGCAAAAAAAGAUUACAUCUUAAAAAUUAAUCACAUCCCAAGCCCAUGAACUCUCUUACACUAACAAAGCCCAAUUAUGCAUACUAUAAAUACCCCAACUCACUCAUUCUAAUUUUUACUCACAAGCACAUCAGCGGCGCCCAACCUCUCCAAACCUAAAUCUUCAGAUCUUCUUCCUCCACCAUCAAUUUCAAACUUCUCCUCCGUCGCCCAAGAUGAAUCCAAUAACCCACCCCACACAGCGCCCUGCCAAACCCACUGCCAUCUAACCACGGCGCCUUGUCACCGCAGUUGCACACCCUUCUCGAAACCAUAGAUAUUCUGCUGUCGUCUAGUGCUGUUGCUGUCAUCACCUGAGACGGUGACGUUCGACGCCGCCGUUGGCUCGCCGACAUUAACAACUCGCUAGUGCCGCCUUGCUCAGAGCUGCUGCCACCGUUGGCAUCAGGACCUCGGCUGCCGCAACAACCCCAAAAACGUUGUGGUUCUACUUCAGAAUUGGCGAAGAACGAUAGUGAUACCUGCUGCCAAAACAAUUGGUUUUUAUUAACAGUUUUAUGUUACCAUCUCUCACGUCAAUCCUAAAUCUUCACCUUUCAUACGCACUCUCAGUUUCGCCACCUCCACCACUAUAAGUUAUUGUUAAUAGGGGUAAGCAGCGGGUUGGACACAAAUCGAUGAAGACGAAGACGAAGCCACCACUUCUCUGGAUCGACGCCGCUGCGUCCUUCUUGGCAGGGGAUCGCCGCACCGCCGCUGCUAUUCCAAAAAUCUUUGAGGGUCGCCGCUGAGGUCGGGAGUCGUCCUCCUUUCGCCACUCAACGUCGUCGACCCCGGCUCCACGAGCCACUGCUGAUCUGUCCUAUUGACGCCGCCGCCGCGACCCUUCUCCGACGCGACGGAUCGCUGUUGGGCUUCGUCUACCGUUGCUCUGCGAAUCGGCGAAUCGACUGCCACUGUUUUAAUUUCUACUGACACGGUGUCAUUUGCGGUGCCGGCAUAAGAAAAAAUCGGUCACCGAAACUAAUUUGAAACAAAAAUAAAACGUUAUGGAAGUCGAUUUUUUAAAUCUGGCGCAAAAAUCAAUUACCCCAAAAUAUAAAAAUAUAAUUCAAUCAUUUAUGACAUGUGACAUCCGGUUCAUGUCACGACUUUGAAUUGCAGAACCAAUUUGGCGCCGGCAAUCGGCUGUUCCGACCGCAAAAACCUCCGUUUUCUAGUAUUCAUGGCGGCAUCUCAGGCAAGAAACGCUGGGCUGCCGAUAAUCAAUCUUCUCCGGUUGAAAGGAGUGUCCAUUUUGCAACAAUUGCAUUUGGAAGAGAGGCUGCUGCGGACUUCGUCUGAAAACUGGUGCAUCAUCAACGACGGAACAACCCGCCCCACCAUCGUCAUGGGUGUUUCAGGGAAACCUAAGGAACUUCUUGAAACUGAUGCUGUUCUAAGAGAUGAAAUUCCAGUCAUCCGAAGGUUUACAGGAGGUGGUACUGUUAUUGUUGAUCAGGGCACUAUUUUCGUAUCGUUUAUAUGCAACAAGGAUGUUAUUCCAGGUUUACAAUCGUAUCCUCGACCUAUCAUGUCAUGGAGCAGCCUAAUAUAUAAGAACAUGUUUCAAGGAAUCGGGGAGUUUGGCCUUCGAGAGAAUGAUUACGUGCUUGGCAACCGCAAGUUUGGUGGAAAUGCUCAGUCUAUUACCAAAAAUAGGUGGGUUCACCAUACUUCCUUUUUAUGGGAUUAUGAGGUCGGUAACAUGGGUUAUCUGAAAAUGCCAACACGAGUUCCUGAAUAUCGACAGGCCAGGAACCAUGUGGAGUUUAUAUGCCGCUUGAAGGAGUUCAUGUCAAGGUCAGAUUUCAUUAAUGGAACCACGGAUGCAGUUGCCGCCUAUUUUGCAUUGAGAUCACUCGAUGCAGACGAUAUCCAGAAUCAUUCCUCUCAAUUUGAGCCGUCCAGUAAGCUAUUAACUCGACAGGAACUCGGAGAUGAAGCCUCUAUUGACCUCGUAGGUACCGUCUCUCAGGCGUUGUGAUAUAAAGCACUGGGGGAUGAGGUGAGGCAAAUGGGAAGUUUAUUCAAUUUAGGAGAGUAUCACAAGAUCAAUGUGAGGCUAUUUGUAAGCCUACAUGUCCAUGGGGGGGCUUUAUGCCUAUGUUUUUAAAAAGGGGUUCAUUAGGUAUUUGAACGAGGAACCAUCAAUCUAUGUCUGUGAAUACUACACAGUUAGUAGGUACUUGCAGGCAUGCAAAUAUGCUUUGGAAUGAUGAGCCGUUGUGGCCACAAUGUGAUAAUGUGAUGGUGACAACUUAACAUCAACCGAAUGAUUUAUUCAAUUUAACAUCAA